AUGGCCUCCCUCCUCCACACCCUGCCCAACUCUCUCCCUCCCCACAGCAAAUCUCGUCCAGUCAGGAAGUCUUUCCACGCGCCAGCUGCCCCUCUCCUCGGUCUCCUCCACCAUGAGAACGCCGAUGCAGCUCCAACCCUCCGCAAAUCCUUGUUGCAUCAGAUGUCCUCCCUCUGCAAGGACGGGCUCAUCGGAGAAGCCUUCGACUUCCUCUGCGACAUGGAGACGGAAGGGGCCCCCGUCGGCCCCGAGAUCUACGGGGAAAUGCUCCAGGCCUGCGUGUACGAGCGGGCUCUCUCCCAAGGUCGGCAAAUCCACGCGCGAGUUAUCAAGAAGGGGGACAUCUUCCACAGAAACGAGUACCUGGAGACGAAACUCGUGAUUUUCUACGCGAAAUGCCGCGUCUCAGCCGCCGCUCUCGAUCUGUUCCAGAGGCAGCGCCGCCGCAACGUUUUCUCAUGGGCCGCCAUGAUAGGAUUGCUCUGCAGAGAAGGCCUCGGCGAGAAGGCCGUGGUGGGUUUCUGCGAGAUGAUGACCGACGGGUUUCUACCCGACAAUUUCGUCAUCCCCAAUGCUCUGAAAGCUUGCUCCUCCGCACAGCUGAUCGGCUGCGGCACGGGGAUCCAUGGAUAUGCCUUGAAGAUGGGCUACAGAGGCUGCGUCUUCGUCCAGAGCAGUCUUGUCGAUUUCUAUGGGAAAUCCGGAAUUGUGGAAGAUGCCAGGAAGAUCUUCGAUCAAAUGCCGGAAAAGAAUGCGGUGGCCUGGAAUUCCAUGCUCGUAAGUUAUGUACAUAAUGGACUAGAUUGGGGGGCAAUGAAAGCCUUCUAUGAUAUGAGAACUGAGAGUGUGGAACCAACCCGGGUCACCAUAGCCAGUUUCCUCUCUGCUUCAGCGAAUCUGCGAGCUCUGGACGAAGGAAGGCAAAGCCAUGCGGUUGCAGUGUUAUUUGGUUUAGAGCUCGACAGCAUCCUGAGUAGCUCUCUGAUCAAUUUCUACUGCAAGGUCGGCCUGACGGAUGAUGCAGAGCUCGUCUUCAGUCGAACCCUAGAGAAAGACACGGUGAUCUGGAAUCUGCUCAUCUCUGGUUAUCUGCAAGACGGCCAAGUCGACAAAGUACUCCGUACUUGCCGUAGAAUGGUAAUGGAGGAUCUGAGGUUUGACUCUGUCACCUUGUCUUCUAUCCUAUCGGCAUGUGCGGGCACAGAGAACCUGAAGCUCGGUAUAGAGGGGCAUGGCUACUGCAUCAGAAACGGUCUCGACACAGAUUCAACUGUCGCAAGCGGCAUCAUCGACGUGUACGCGAAGUGCAGAAAGAUAGAACUCGCAAGACAGGUCUUCGACAUGGCGGCGAACAGAGAUCUGAUCAUGUGGAACACCCAGCUUUCUGCGUAUGCUAAUUGUGGUUUGAGCGGCGAGGCCUUGAAGCUGUUCUACCAGAUGCAGCUGGAAAGCAUAGCUCCCAAUGUCAUCUCUUGGAAUUCCGUAAUCUUGGGACUUUUAAGGAGUAAUCAGGUGGACGAGGCAUACGACAUGCUCGCCCAGAUGCAAUCAGCAGAGGUGCAGCCCAACCUGGUCACAUGGACGACACUGAUAUCUGGUUCCGCACAGAAGGGAUGUGGAUCUGAAGCAAUCGAGCUCUUCAUCCGAAUGCAGGCGGCAGGCUUCAGACCUAAUAUCGUCAGCAUUCUGGCUGUGAUCUCGGCAUGUACAGAAGUAGCAUCUUUACCAUAUGGGAAGGCCAUUUAUGGAUAUAUUACAAGGCAAGGAUUCUGCUCAUCCCCCCUUCCUGUUGUGACAUCUCUCGUAGAUCUUUAUGCUAAAUGCGGCAACAUAGACCUCGCCAUGAGGAUCUUCGAUGCGAGCUUGACGAAGGAGUUGCCCCUGUAUAAUGCAAUGAUCUCUGGGUACGCACUGCACGGUCGAGCUGCAGAAGCGCUCGGCCUGUUUGCCCAGAUGCAGAGAGAAGGGAUCAGUCCAGACGCCAUCACCUUCACCGGGCUGUUGACGGCGUGCGGCCAUGGAGGGCUGGUGGAAGAAGGCCUGAAGCUUUUCUCAGAGAUGGCCUCCACAUAUCACGUGUUCCCGGGCAUGGAGCAUCACGACUGCGUCGUCACUCUGUUAACACGCCAUGGAAACAUUGAGGGAGCUCUCGAGUUUAUCUCUGCGAUGCCUUUCAGACCGGAUUCCAAGACUCUCGGAUCUCUGCUCGCUGCAUGCAGACUGCAUCGGUGGCCAGAGCUGGGCGAAUACCUUUCACGGCAGCUGUUUGAAACGGGAUCCGAAGACCCGGCUCCAUAUGCCGUGGAUGGAAGGUGGUAUGAAGCAUCAAGAACGAGGGGCGACGAGAGAGAGAAAGGACUGCGGAAAAAUCCUGGGUGCAGUUGGAUACAACUCGGAGGCGGCCUUCACACAUUUGUGGCUGGUGAUGAAUCUCACCCAGAGAUGGAUCGAAUUUAUGGGACGCUACGAUUGUUGCUGAGGGAGAUGAGAUUCUUGGGUUAUGUACCUUCCGUCGGCGGCGUUUCUGAGUUGCUCUGA